AUGCCUGCUGUAGAAGACGCAGACGAGACCUUACUUCUAGAUGAAAACGACUAUAUCGAUGAAAGUAAACUCAAGGUCGACGUGCUAGAAGAUGAAUUCAGACUGAAGUCUGAGAGUGACACUGAUCUAGAAAUUACAGAAGAAAAAUCUAAACCUGAAGCGAAUGAGAUAGAACCGCUAACAAGUCUUCAUGAACCCGAUUUUCUUGAUAACCCAGCUAAAAAUGCCACAAAAGCAUAUAAAAAUAAAAAGUUGUUGAACGGCUUGCAAAAUAAGUACUCUAUGGACAUUUGCAUGGCGGAGGAAUUACUCACCCAUGUAGUGAUGGACUGUCAGGAGCUAAGGCACUGGAAAGCCGUUACAUUGACCAGCAAGUUUGCAUAUCUGCGUUGGUUACCUUCCUCGCCAGAAAACCUCUCUCAACUUUCUACAGUACAUGCUGCAGCUAUCAAUACCCUAUCUGCAUAG